CUCCUACCUAACAGACGUGGUGUGGUGGGCAGGCACGAUCGCAAUGGCUGUUGGCCAGAUCGGGAACUUCCUGGCCUACACGGCGGUCCCCACGGUCCUGGUGACGCCCCUGGGUGCCCUCGGCGUGCCGUUCGGGUCCAUUCUAGCCUCGUACCUUCUGAAGGAGAAGCUCAACAUCUUGGGCAAGUUGGGGUGUCUGCUCAGCUGUGCGGGCUCCAUCGUGCUGAUCAUCCACUCCCCGAAAUCCGAGAGUGUGACCACGCAGGCCGAGCUGGAGGAGAAGCUGACCAACCCAGUGUUCGUGGGCUACCUGUGCAUCGUGCUGCUCAUGCUGCUGCUGCUCAUCUUCUGGAUCGCGCCGGCGCACGGGCCCACCAACAUCAUGGUCUACAUCAGCAUCUGCUCGCUGCUGGGCAGCUUCACCGUGCCUUCCACCAAGGGCCUCGGUUUGGCCUUUUGGUAUCAGGUAAGGUAUGCCCAGGACCUGCUGCACAGCAGCCCGUCCAGCCGACGCGCCCUGGGCCUCUGCCUGGUGCUGCUGGCCGUGCUGGGCUGCAGCAUCAUCGUCCAGUUCCGGUACAUCAACAAGGCGCUCGAGUGCUUCGACUCCUCUGUGUUCGGGGCCAUCUACUACGUGGUCUUCACCACGCUGGUCCUGCUGGCCUCCGCCGUCCUCUUCCGCGAGUGGAGCGACGUGGGCCUGGUGGACUCGCUGGGCCUGGCCUGCGGCUUCACCACUGUCUCCGUGGGCAUCGUCCUCAUCCAGGUGUUCAAGGAGUUCAACUUCAGCCUCGGGGAGAUGAGCAAGGCCAGCCUGAAGGCGGAC